GAGAAAGAAAAAAAAAAGAAAGAAAGAGGUGACGAGGGAGAGGAGGAAGGGGACAAAUUUAUAAUUAAAAAAAAAAAGAUGAGCUACGAAAAAGUGCCCCAAGAGCCGUAUCCACCCCCGGGAUACGGAUCUCUAUAUCCUCCGCCUUCCGCUCCACCGCCGCCGCCGUCCUCCUACGAGGGCUACCCGCCUCCACCACACCCACCCUACCCGCCGGCUCCAGGAUAUCCUUAUCCUCCUCCGCCCCCGCGUCCGGGGGGGUAUCAAGGAUACUUCUGCCACCAUCCGCCACCGCCCUCGCCCCCGCCGCAGGUCUACCACUGUGAUCACCACCAUUGCGAUGAUGACUCUGCCGGUUGCAUCUCUUUCUUGCGUGGAUGUUUUGCUGCUCUGUGUUGCUGCUGCAUAUUGGAGGAGUGCUGUUUAUGAUUCUAUCCAUCAAUACUACAUGUACUUCCUUUGACAUCAUUUAUGGGCUUUGAUGGAGUUGUGAAUUCGUGAACUUAUAUAUUUCUGGGAAGAAUCUCUACUUGCCAUAUUUUCAUGUGUGAGAUCUGUUAGCAUCAUACCAACUGUGAACUAUAUAUCUUUACCAUUACCAGACGUGCCAUACAUUUUUUCUGUUUCUGUAUGCUUUGAUGGGUGAAUAAAAUCUAUCAUCGGUCUAUAUCACUUGACUUGCCGAAGUACUUUCCUUUUUUUUUUUGUUUAUUGUGUGCUCUGUGACAUAUGGAGUAUUUGUCCACUGUCUUACUGAAAAUGCCUGAGAUUUAAUGGUUUCGAUCAUACGAGCAGCAGCUUCUUCUUUUUCUUUUUGUUUAUCAAAAAGAGAGACUCAAUCUGCAACUUGUACGUCUUCUAGACAAGCAACAAGUGCUACUACUCAUCUCGUUGAUAAGAGAUGGUUGAGAUCAAGCAAGGGAAAUGUAAUGUUUACUUCUUGGAUUGCUACUGUUUGGUUUCUACAUAAUUUAUAUUGAAGGACUGCAGUUAAAAUGAGCAUCAGAGUUUUUGCAUCAACAAGAGGUUUCAUCUCAUGAAAGAGAGUAAUAGCGUGAUAAACAAAAGAUGGGAAGAAUGAGUAACUGAUACUCGUGAACCUCGAAGCGGCCGGAGAAAAUCAAAACGUACAAAAGUAUAACAAUGGCCGCCGCCGCCGGAGUUGGAAGCAACAAGGAAGCUGCCCCAGGUCAUGAUGGUCGUCAUCCCGGCGUCUUGUUGGCCGACGACGGUGGAAAACGAAAGCUCGACGCGGCCGUGGAAAUCAACCACGGCCAGGAUUUGAUGAUACGCAGAGCAGAAAAAGAAGAAGAAUUAUGUUGCAAGAAGGCCAAGUUUGAGUACAAGGUAGAGGAGAAGGGCGGUGCCACAUGUGUGGUUGUUGCAGUGGAAGAAAAGCUGAAAGAUAAAGGAGGAGAAAUGAGGAAAGACAAGCAAAAGGGAAAAGCAAUAAUAAUGGAGGAAGAAGAAGAGGAAGAGGAGAAGAUGAGGAAAUACAAGUUAAAGGGAAAGGCAAUAAUAAUGGAGGAAGGGAUAGAGGAUGAUGAGGAGAGGAUGAGGAAAUACAAAUUAAAGGGAAAAGCCAUAAUGGAAGAAGAGAGAGUGGGGGAGAUGAGAAAACAUGAGGGGAAGGGAAAGGCAAUAGUGGAGGAAGAACAAGAGGAGGAGAUGAGGAAAUACAAAUUAAAGGGAAAGGCCGUAAUAAUGGAGGAAGAUAGAGAGGAGGAGAUGAGAAAACAUGAGGGGAAGGGACUAAUGGAGGGAGAGAAAGAGGAGGAGGAUCUCUCGUGGUUGGCGGCUUACUACUAUGAUUCAGAUUGUUUUUCUAUAUAUGAUGAUGAUAGUGAUUCUGAGUCUGAGUCUGAAUCCGAGACUGAUUCUGACGAGUACAUGGAUAGCUCUGACGACGAAAAAAAUGUCAUCCUUGCACUCCAAGCUUCUCUUCCUUCUCCAACAACAACUACUACUAUUGAUGAUGAUGAUGAUGAUGAUACUACUACUACUACAAAGAAAAAUGACGUCGGGGAUGAAUAGAAAAGUUUAUACUCACUUCACUUUUUAGUUCGUUCAUUAAAAAAUUUUCCCAUUUAUGUUUGUGGCAAAAAAGUUUGGGUUGUAUG